GUAAUUAAAUAACCAGCACGUUCUUGCCAACCCAGAAGCCAAAUCGCUGUUUCAGUCGUCUUCUUAGCUUCCUAAGCCUCUUGCUUGUACCUCGGCUUCCUGAUGAAUUAAGGGCGUAAGCGCAACCGGCAGCGGGAGGAGCGCGCACCGACAUUCACAUCCUUUCACACGCCCACAACCUACGUCGAUGGAGAGGCCGGCGCGGAGAGAGCUUGCGUUGGCGAGCUUGACGACGCAUCAUGUUGGCCUGGAGAAGUACAAAUCCACCGGCCGCCACGACUUCUCGCACUUCCGAGCCGACCGCGGCGUGAACCUGCGUGAGUGGAGCCGCAUGCCCGAGGGCGUGAUCGACCUGGGCGCCGCAGCCGCCCCGCAGCCGCCCGCGCCGGCGCCCGUGCCCGGCGCACGCGUGCCCUUCAACCCAGUGGUCGCGGACGGCAGCGCCGCAGGCGCGACGGGCGGGAAGGCGGCUCGCGGCGGCAAGGCGGGCGCGGCGGCGCGGCCGCCGCCGCUGCCCACGUUUCGGCUGGUGGAGCCGGAGCAGCUCAACCCGUCCUUCAACGUUCUGUACGUGCGCACGCAGAAGCCGGGCGUGCUGCGUGUGCCGCUGGUGAAGCUGUUCCUGGACACCUGGGCGGAGACGGUGGAGCUGGUGCGGCCGGUGUUCCGGUUCGGCAUACCGGAGUCCUCACUGCGGGACAAGUGCCCCUACUGGCGGGACGAAGGCAGCUCGCUCCCCACCACCCCCAGCUUCCAGAUGCGACGCCUGCAGAAGGCCAUCUCCAGCGAGGGCUGGGGCACGCAGCGCGCACAGCUGGUCGCCGCUUACGGCGGCGGCGGCCACGGCCACGGCCACGCCCACGGCCACGGCGGCGGCCACGGCCACAGCGGCGGCCACGGCCACGGCCACGGCCACGGCCAGGGAUACAGCGGCGUUGGCUUCGGCAAGCACGGGCACUACCUGACGCCGUACCAAGAAAAGGAGGAGUUUGUUGAGGCCGUGACGCCCUGGGUGGUGCUGGCGCUCAACAUCGCGGCCUGGUGCUACCUGGGCAGCAGCGCCACCAAGCCGCCCGCAGGCAUGUGAGGCGGGGGUGGGGAGGACUGCAGCAGGAGGCAUGUGACGACGUGAAGGUGGAGAAGCAGAGGACAAUAAGGAGGAGGAGGAGGAGGAGGAGACGGAAAAGGAGGAGGCGUUUGAGGAAGCGGCGGCACGUGAGGAGCAAGCGAGAGUCGGAGAGGAGAGUGAGUUGGGUAGGAUUGCUUGGGUGGCCGGUGGGGCGGACCGUGACAAGUAGGCGGUGCAAGUGGGCGAGGGCAGUACUAUUUUUGACGGCGCAUGUCUGGGCGGCUACAUACGCUGUGGAGGUGGUGGGGGCCGCCGUGGUGCCCGGGUCAGCGCGAGGGGGCAUGCGGGCGUGGGCGCGUGCGCCGCGCCCAUCCGAGUUCAAUGCAUCCCUCGGGCACGACAACACUUUUGCAGUUUUGGAGCGGGAGUUGCAACUUGCAAGCUGAUGUCCAGUGCUGCGUACGCGCCGUCGCCCGCACAGCGUUUGGGUGUGCGGGGCCUGUGUGUGCUCACGAGCCGUGACAUGGCGUGGAUGCGGCCCGGUGAAUUGCGAACUGUAGGCAGCCCGUAGGCGACCAGUAUGAGGCAUUUAAGCCUGAUAACAGCACGCGAGGGAGUACCGGUAGGCUGGUGGCAGUAGGUGGCAAGCAUUUGUUACAGGUGUGCGAGGACGCAAGGCGCACGCAACUGCUUGCAUCCACCUCUUCCGCGCGCGACGGCGGCGUGAGACGCGGCGCAUUACAGCUGUGAUGCAGCUUCCUUGCAACUUGUAUCCGCAUUUCAUUCCCGGGCCUUUGCGACCGCCACCGGCCAAACACACAGCCACCCAGGCCAAUCAACUCAAGUCAAGCCAAGCCCAGUCCGCCAGACAGCGCAACAGCCAGACACUUGGCCAGAAGAUCCAUCACAU